AUGCCCCGUUUGCCCCGCACCGACACACUCCAUGCUUGCCUGGCAGGCGAGAGGGUGAUUCUGGAGUCGCAGCUCACGUCGCUCGUCACCAACGUGGCCAUCCAACCCGGCACCAGCAAGACCUACGCCAUAAGAGCACAGCUACCGCGAGUGCUGCCCCCCUCCUACCGCGGAACAGCAGUGCGCUUUCACUACCAGCUCACAGUGAUCCUAGGAGGGGAAGUGGGGGGAGGAGGGGCGGGGAAGGGCGAGGGGAGCAGGGGGCAAGGGGGGAGCGCGAAUACCACUCCGUUGAAGGGGAGAGGGGGAGCGGAGGAGGGGAGAGGGGGAGUAGCGGGUGGUCAGGGGAAGGGGAAAGGGGGGAAGGGCGGACAGGGUGGAGCCACGUCUGUUGUGGUGAGCAAUGCUGUGUGUGUGAGCGAUACCCCCCAUUUUCCCCACCUCCCUGCCGCAUGCUCCCACCCUCUCCCUCCUCCUCCUUGCGACAGUCAUCGCCCUCGUCACCCAUGCUUCCACUCCCCGUUCUCCUUCAUCAUCAUCCUCUUCUCUUCCAUGCCUCCAUCCACCCCCAUCCCCCGCCCUUCUCCUCCCCCCCAGGAGGUGCGAGUGCCAUUGCGAGGUGCGAGUGCCGCUGCGCAUCUGGACGCUGCCCAACCUGAGCUGAGUGGGCUCACAGUGUUCUGCAGUGCUUCAUUCCUCACCAAUCUCCCUUCCAUACCGUUCAUUCCAUCCCCACCCCUCCCAUCUGCCCUCCUCCCAGGAGGUGCGAGUGCCGUUGCGCAUCUGGACACUCCCCAACCUGAGUGGGCUCACAGUAGAGGAACUGGACUCAGACGAUCACUACGGCGUGGGAGGCAUAGUGCCCACGGCAGCAGUGGAGGUGGACAUUCAGUGGAGGGAAAGGAAGUCCCGGGCGGCACUCAUGGCCACCUCCCUCUCUUUCUCCUUCCCUUCGGAUCCCCAUUAUCGCCUCUUCACAAGCCCAUCAUGCAUCCCUGCCAUGCGAACCCUCAGAGCCAGUACCAGCAGAGUAGGAAGAUGGUGCCAUGCAUACAUGCAUACAGCUGCUGCCGCUGCUGCUCGCCUCCAUCCCUCAUCAGCCCCCCCCACCACCCACGUACUUCUCCUCCCCAUCAGACCCCCCCACCACCACCAGAACCACCAGCAGCAGAAGAUGAGGAAGAAAACGCACAGGCUUCUGCUGCUGAGGCUGUCAACCUCGAGAGCACCGGGGCAGUGGGAGGGGCGGCAGGGCGGUGCGAACCACCAGCAGCAGAGGAGGACGAGGAGGACGCAACCGCUGCAGCAGCUGCUGCUGAGAGCACCGGGGCAGUGGGAGGGGCGGCAGGGCUGCGCACAGGCAGCCCUGUGGCGGCCACCGCUACCGUCACAGAGGUUGGCGAAGGGGAGGUGGUAUCUGGUGCAGGCUCAGCUGGCCUGGGGGAGGCCGGCACACUGGCAGCAGGAACCAGUUCCGACACUGCUGCUGCUGCUGCUGCUGGGGGUUCUGACGGCCUGCAGAGCCCGCACCUGACCCGCCUGUGGUCCGCCCCUCUGCCCACAGAGGAGGGCAGUGCUGCUGCUGGGGGGCAGCAGGCGGGGGCAAACGAGCCCAUCGGACGCUCCAACCCCACGCUGUCUGAGCUGGGGGGGCAGGCGGAGGGAGGGCUGUUGUUUGGGGCGUAUGGAGGGGCGGGGAACGGGUACGAGGGGGAGAGAGGGGGCGAUGGGGGGAGGGGAGGGGCGCUGUCGCUGCUGAAUCGGCAGGAGGAGGAUGAGGGGCCGUUCAUCCCACGGUCUCCAGGUGAGUCUCCUCUUUCCAACACUUCCCCCCAGACCUUCCCAGACCCCUCCCACCCCCCCACACCAACCCACUCAAUUUCACCUCCACACCCACAACCCUCGUUUCCCCUCUCCCCCUCCACACCCACACCCCUCGUUUCCCCUCUCCCCCUCCACACCCACACCCCUCGUUUCCCCUCUCCCCCUCCACACCCACACCCCUCGUUUCCCCUCUCCCCCUCCACACCCACACCCCUCGUUUCCCCUCUCCCCCUCCACACCCACACCCCUCGUUUCCCCUCUCCCCCUCCACACCCACACCCCUCGUUUCCCCUCUCCCCCUCUCCCCCCUGUUCCAUCCAUGUGGGCUCAUCCAGCCUACUAGUCUGUGCUUCUACCACCUCGUCCGCCGUCUCCUCCUCACCUCACUGGCCGGGGGUGCGAGGGCGCACGUACAACAUCCGCAUAGACGACCAUGUGCUCGUGUCUGGCACUCUCGCCUUUCCCAUUGAGGACGGCCCACGCAGAUGUCUCGAGGUGUCAGUGCUAUUGGAGAUGCACGAGGUCAUCAACCCACGCGCCCUCCACACGUCUAGGAGAGUGGCUGCUGCUGCCUCUGCUGCUAAGACCCCCCUACACCUGCCAGUGUUGCAAAUGGAGCAUCACGAGGUGACAGUGGAUCUGCUCCACACGCACUUCAUCUUCACCAUCCCCUCCGAUGCCGCCGCCUCCUUCGCCACACCCAUCAUCUCACUGCAGUGUUCCCCUCUCCUUCUCUCCUAUCCCCCCCUCCCUUCCUUCCCCCCAUACUCCCCUCACCAGUGGAUCCUGCGCUUUGAGUUUUGUGUUUCUACCAGGUGCCCGAUCACUCCCCUCUGCUCUUCCCCCCGCGCUGCUCUCCACCCUGCUCUUCCCCCUGCUCUCCCCCCUGCUCUUCCCCCCAUACUCCCAUCACCAGUGGAUCCUGCGCUUUGCGUUUUGUGCAUCCACCAGGCGCCCAGCACCACCCAGCAGCACCCCUGGCAGCACAUGCAAGGCCACUGCAGCAGCAGACGCAUGCUCUUCUGCAUCUGCUCUCUUUUCUCACCACUCAUCCCUCUCUUCACUGCUCCCCUCCUCCCUGCCCAUUCCCUCAUCAGUGGAUCCUUCGCUAUCAGCAACCGGGACAAGGCAGUCAUGCCUCCGGUGCUCCAACAACAGUCUGUCAUGCUGAGUGCUGCUGCCGCUGUUGCUGCUGGGCGUGCCAUCAGCAACCGGGACAAGGCAGUCAUGCCGCCUGUGCUCCAGCAACAGUCUGCCAUGCUGAGUGCUGCUGCUGCUGGUCGUGGCAUGGCUGGUGCACCUGUCCCUCCUUCAGCACCUCUCCCCCCUGCUGCUAGUCUUGAGGGGCUGCAAGAGCCUUCCGCAUCUCUGUCCCCUGCUGCUGUGGUGUAA